AGUUAAUGGUUGGCUCCAGAGCUUUAUAACAACCAUAGUCAGAUAAAGACAGCAGCUUUCUCCGCUGCUUGGCUGAACUAAAAGAAAACUGAUUAAAACUGCUGGGAAAAGGCCACUCUAAAGACCGACAAGAGAAAGCUUCGGAGAUUUAUUUUUCUUUUCUACUUCUCUUUGCUGAUCCUUUACCACCCUCAGUGCCAAACAGCAGGAGAUUGAAGAGAAGGCAAACCCCAUGAUUAAUGGACUCUUUACUUUGAAUUCUUUCUUCCAGCUUCAGCAGGACCACCUGUUUCACUUCUCGCCGUGUCCUAAGGACUUUGGAAAGAUGAACCAAACAGAUGCUGCACUUUUCCUCUCCAACAGCAGUAACUCUCUGGGCAACAUCCUGGGUUGCUGCACCCAGGCUUCUGUGGUCACAGACGAUGGGUUUGAGGUCCCCUCUGUGGACGAGAGAAACCUCUUCAUCAUGCGAGUCGUUCAGAUCGCAGUCAUGUGCGUCCUGUCCCUCACCGUUGUCUUUGGGAUUUUCUUCCUAGGGUGCAACCUGCUUAUCAAAUCAGAGGGCAUGAUAAACUUUUUGGUGAAGGAAAGGAGACCGUCCAAAGAAGUCGAAGCGGUGAUCGUCGGCCCGUACUGAGAGCGCUGAGAGAAACGAACGAAUAAAUAUAUAUAUAUAUAUUGCUGUCUUUAAGCAGCUGUCUGAAGCAACGUGUUUCGCCUUUUUUCCGUUUCUACGUCCCGUGAAGAACAACCAAAAA